UCUCCUACUUACCAGUCUUCCUUCUUACACGGAGCUCACGACAUGAAGAAACUAUUUGGAAGAGACAAGACCAAGCCAGCAAAGAUAAAAGACCAGCAAGAGGACCAGCACCCAUCGAUUUCGACUCCGAUUCACCAGCAGCAUGCAUUAUACCAGCACAGCGCCCCGUCUCUGCAAAAUCAGAGGGAUAGCAGGCAUCCGACCUCUGACGAAGACCGUUGGGAGGUCGUCGACACUAAUGACCAGCCACGCGCUCCAGGCCUAUCUCCUUCUCGCAAUUCGUCCUUUAGUUCUUUACCACCCGGCGCUUCACCUCCAAUACCGGCACCAAGAUCCCCUUCACCUUUCACUGCAGCAGGGAAGAAGAAACAGUCUGCCUUGACACCAGCCUUGGGCAUACUCAGAGCUCUUGAUCCUCACAGCCUCGAUGGCACCGCUCACAACAACAAUGAUUCAUCGGUCUCUGACCACGGCCAUUCCGACAGGAAAAAUCGCUUUUGGACAAAGGACAAGCAUCAUGAAAGCCUAAGAGACGAUGACCCGCCCACUAUCACUAGGAUGAUAGGUUUCCUCACUGCUACCGCCUCGGAGGACUGGAGCAUGGUACUUGAAGUCUGUGAGCGCUCUUCAGCCAGUGACACCAAUGCGAAAGAGGCUGUCCGUGCAUUAAGACGAGAAUUCAAGUAUGGCGAACCUUCCGCCCAAUUAUCCGCCGCAAGGCUAUGGGCCAUCAUGCUACGCAAUUCUACCGACACAUUCAUCUCACAGUCAACGUCAAAAAAGUUUCUCGACACACUGGAAGAUGUUAUAACAUCUCCGAGAACGUCACCUGUCGUUCGUGAACGAGUGAUGGACGUUGUUGCUGCUGCCGCAUACGCCAGCGGAACAAGAAAGGACACUGGUUUCAGGGCACUUUGGCGAAAGGUCAAAUCCCCAGAAAAACCCGACGAGGGCAUCCCGUUUGAUACCGAUGACGCCAUGUUCAGCCCUCCCGUCAAUAAUAGACUUUCUCAUUAUGAGAAUCCAGUCUCUGCUCAAGACCCGGUGCCUCGUACAACGCAUAAUCACCGGAAACGCAAAUCACCCACGCGGAAUCGUAUCAUACCACCAGAGGAAGAUAUUAAACGUCUUUUCCAAGAAUGUAAAAUCGGACAGGGUAAUGCCAGCUUGCUUUCCCAGGCUUUGGCGCUUGCACGCCCCGAAGAUCUUCGCGAGAAGGAUGUCAUACAGGAAUUUUAUUUGAAAUGUCGGCAAUCCCAAGAAAUCAUUUACGCUCAAAUUCCUUGGGCAACCGCUGGUGCCGAAAGAUCCAGGGCAGAGCAACAACGAAAGCGCACACUAUCAGAUAACUCUCUCCUCGACGACGCUCCAGUACCGCUGACAACGGAGGAGCAACUGUUAGCAGCCUUGCUUGGAGCCAAUGAAGAGAUUGCAGAUGCUCUGCAACAGUAUGAUGACCUUGAAAGAGUAGGGUUGGAGCGCGAGGCGGAAGAAAACAGCCGUAGAGAUGUACGGAUGGAUCCUAAACAAAAGCAGCUAUUGGAACAGCAAGAACUGCUAUCGGCUAUGGCUGAUGUCCAUAUCGGCGGGUCAUCAUCACGCAGUCCAUCUCCGGCUCAUUCAUCGCGUUCUCGACCAGUAUCGCUACUUCAUUCUGAUGUUUCAGCAGCACAGACCCUGGCUCCGCCACCCGCGCCUCAUGGCCCAAGGUCCCCAACCCAAACAUCUGUGCAUUCUCGGACUUCUUCACCGAAUGUGGAACUGACUAUCGCGACACUGGCCAAUGGAUCAGAUUCGUAUUCUUCGUCAAGCGACGACUCGGUGGAGACACCCGUCAAGCCUAGCGCCAAAGCACUUGGGAAACGGAGAGUAAUAGAAGCAGAAGAAGCGGAUAACCCCUUCGAUCCAGACGACCUCUUUUACGAGAACAGGGACGAGUUUCCGGUUGAAGACCGGAACGACUCGGAUUCGGACGAUAGUCGCGAUGUGCGGUGGCAUAAUGCUCAUCCGGUGCAUUUUGUGUACGAUGCAGCAGCCGAGAGGACGAGGCAAAGGCUAGAAAAAGGACAUGCUUUGGUUGUAAACGGUGUACAUUAGAUAAGAGGAUUUAGUGAGAGACUAUCGUACUGUACAAUAACAUUUCAACCAUGCCGAAACCGAACAAUGCAUCGAGGCUAAGUGUGACCGUGACAGU